AUGGAUAAGGAGGAGGCCGAAUUGGCCAUUGAUAACCAUAACAGAGAAAUGGAGCUUAGGGCGAGAGAGAUGCAAACAAUUGAUGUAUCAUCUUCUGGCAACGAGGGAUCAUCAGAAGGAGAUGAGAUUUUAUUUGAGAAGCUCUCCAAGAUGUUGAUUGAAGAGAAAUUGUCCCCGGUUAGGGAUCCAGAUGAAGAAGUGCCCAUAGAAGAGGAUCCAAGGAAAUUGGGUUGUAAGGAUUUUGUGCCUGAUGAUAGACUUGUAAAGUAUUCUGAAUUGAAGUAUUUCUUGUAUAAAACAAAAGGAUGGUGGCUUGUUGUAGCAGAUACAAGGUCCACAAUGCAAUAUAGUGUAUGGUGGAUACAUCAUAGGCCUAUACCUUUGACAGAUUCGAUAGUUCUGAUUGGUGCUCACCAAAUUAGACAUGGUAGGGGUUCCAAAAGGAGAGGUGGAGAGGAUAGGGGUGGAGGAGUUAGAGGUGGAGGAGUUAGAGGUGGAGGAGGUAGAGAUGGAGGAGGUAUGGGUGGAGGAGUUAGAGAUGGAAGAGGUAGGGGUGGAGGAGGUAGGGAUGGAGGAGGUAUAGAUCUGGUAGCAACGGUCACAAGGCAGGUGGACAGUGAUAGGGAGGAUGUGGAUAUUGGUGGAGAUACUGCAUCCAUGACCAGUUCUGAUGAUAGUUAUGAGUCAGGAUCAGGGUCAUCGAGUAGUGAUGGAGAUGAGGGCGGGGAUGAUGGUUAUGAUGUGGAGAUGUCCCAGGAUGCAGAGUCUGUAGAUGUGGAUAGAGGAGAUGAGGAGGGAUUGAGAGAUCAGGUUAGGCGUUUAGAGGAUUUGGUCGCUACUUUGUUGCAAUGA